AUGUACCUCCCAUCACCAGUGCUAACACCCUCCCCAUCGCCAGUGCCAACACCCUCCCCAUCGCCAGUGCCAACACCCUCCCCAUCGCCAGUGCCAACACCCUCCCCAUCGCCAGUGCCAACACCCUCCCCAUCGCCAGUGCCAACACCCUCCCCAUCGCCAGUGCCAACACCCUCCCCAUCGCCAGUGCCAACACCCUCCCCAUCGCCAGUGCCAACACCCUCCCCAUCGCCAGUGCCCACAGCCUCCCCACCUCCUCCCUCACCAACUCCUAAACCAGAUCAUCUCAACGCAGCAUCCAAGGCAGAGAAUAGGGACCCAGAAGGAGAAGCAGCUGCUGCAGCAGCUGCGGCUGUGGCUGCAGGAGCAGCGGAAUGGGUGAAGGAGAGAGACGUGGUGGUGGAGAUGGAGGCAGUAAAGCCACAUGUGUGCCAGAAGUUCACUCUGGAAGAGCUUGCAAGCGCAACGGGAGACUGGGCAGAGGGAAACAGGAUUGGAAGCGGCAGCUUUGGAGAUGUGUACAAGGGCGUGUCAGUGCAUGAACCCAAUGAAAUGUGGGCUGUGAAGCGAUCCAGGGUCCUAUCCAGUGACUUCCUUACUGAGGUGAAGGAGAUGGCCAGUAAGCACCACCCCAACCUGGUGCGGCUGUUGGGCUUCUGUGUGCACUAUGAUUCCAGCACGGGCCAGAUUGAGCAAGUGCUCGUGUAUGAGUUCAUGGCCAACCGGGACUUGGAGAGCUGGAUUGGAUCAGAUGCCGUUACAGUCUUCAAGGACCCCUACUUGGACGCACCAGAUGACUUGGUGCUGCGCUGGGCUCGCCUUGCCCUCUCCUGCACCACCAUGCCUGCGGCCUCCCGCCCCUCCAUGAAUCAAGUGCUGGGGGAGCUGGUGAAGUUGAAGCAGGAAGCUUCUGGAGCACAUGAGAGCCAUGUGGGCGAGGCCAAAUCUCGCUUGGACACGGAGCUUGGGAGUUCCAUUGGCUCCUCCAGCUUCACUGCUGAAAUGGCCCGUGCGGAGCGAGGGGACAUGCCAAGUGGCUUUUCCACAUAA